AUGAAACGAUUAAUGGCUUACCAAAGAACUGUUACUGAACAAUUACUAGAUCAGAUUGCUGCAACAACUACUAAUUUUUCUGGUGCUGAUUUAAAAGCGUUGGCGACAGAAGCAUGUCUAUGCUGUUUACGUCGAUGUUAUCCACAAGUUUAUAAAAGUCAUGUUAAACUAGCUUUGGAAUAUAAAUAUUUAGUGGUUUCACACUGUGAUUGGUUUGAAGCUUUACAAAUUGUUCGUGCAUCAAGUGAACGUUCAGAUGCUGAUGCAGCAGCAUCAAGUUUAACACCAUCUGCAAAUGCUCUGGCUGCUACUAUCCCAAAUGAUAUUUCAUCAUGUAUUUUCAAAUCAAAAUUAUUCAUAAAUGGAAAUAUAUCAGAUAUUAUUAUGAAUGCUGUAUGGCAUAAAUUAGAGACAUUACAGGUGUUUACAAUAAAUUUGGUCAAUUUAUUUGCUUUUCCUGCAAGUAUUGGUAUGUGUCCUGAAGCAGCAGUUGCUCAAAUCAUCUCUUCUAUUCGACACGCUUUGAAUAAUUCAUCAACAUUAUCCUUUCGUAAUAAUUCUCAAAUGAAUGGAGUGGUUGUAUACUUACCUUCAGUUGACAGUCUUUUCAAAAGUAUCCCACAAUUAACUGGCCGCUAUCUUAUAGAUCGUUUGAAUGCUCCAGUCGAUGAAGUCAAUUGUGAAUUGAAUUAUAUUCCAUUAGCCCUAAUUGCUUCAGAAUAUGAUGGUGCUUUAUAUGAUAAUGAUAAUACUAGUCGUAGUGAUGUUGAUAAUCGUAAACUCUCUUAUGCUGCUACAAAAAAUCCACGUCGAAUUGUUAUUAUUGGCACAUGUAAACAUCAAAAUUAUGAAUCUGUUCCACCCAGAAUUGUUACUCCUCCAAAUAUUGAAAAACGUCUUCCAUCAGUGCGACAACCUAAUCUUAGUCCCAACAGCACAAACACACUUCGUGAAAACUGUGUCACAUUGUUCAAUACACCGACCGAAAAAUUACAAGAAGGCAAAUGCCAGUUAGUCAAUGGAAUAAAUCUGUCAGAUCGAUCGCCAAGCUCACCGUCGCCAAUUCAUUCAAGAUAUUCACCUAAGUCUAGUUUGCCUACGCUUCGUACUGGGAAUACUGUUAGUGUUACUGAACCAGCUAUAAAGUAUUCAUAUGAUCGCGAUGUAGACAGUAUUAAAUUUCAAAUCAAUAUUAAUUUAUCUGAAUGUCGUAAAUCUUCAAAGACAUCAAAUGUUCAUCAUUCACCUUUAGUUAAUUCAGAUUUGAAUCCUUGUGAAAGUAACGCAGAUAACAUUCAUAAUAAUUCGUUAAAUGUUGAUCUUAGUGAUGAUUGUCCAAAGACUUUAGACUCUCCAAAUUCUAAUAAUUCAAUGUAUGACGUGGAAUUAAUAUAUCGUAAUGCUCUUGAAUACAAUCCACCGAAUAUUCCUCGUAGUCGAGAUAUUCGCUCUAGAGCUUCAGAAUUUUGGGAUGAAGCAUGUAUUCGUAUUGAAGAAGAAAUCCAACCACCUGAUCUUAAUGAACUGUGUGAAGAAGCUAAUCUUGCACGUGCAGCACGUAUGUCAUCACUAAGCAACCAGAAAAACAAAGAAACAGAACCUCAUUCUCCCACCAAAACUAAUGAGAAGUUGCAAAAGAAUAUCACAAAACAACCAUUACCUCUUCCACAAGGUGAUCGUUAUAGUCGAAGAUUACAUGGGGAAUCGCCAGUUUUGGAACUUGAUGAUAUAAUUCAGUUGCAGUCAUCCAGUAGACCUCGUCGUAAAUUGUCUUCAAGUACUCCAAAAAUUUCACCUGAUUUGCAAACAACCCAACAUGAUGCUGCUGCUUCUACUACUGAUCUUGACGCUCCAGACUCUUCUUCAAAUGUUAUGUUGAAACCGUUUGAAGAUGAUGCAAGUGAACACUUUUCCUCAAAGUCAACUACAGACAAUUUCCAGAGUGUAUCUCCUAAACACUCUGAUGUCCGAUCACCAUUAGGAACAUCUCCACCUGCCGAACACUGUCGUUCCAGUGCAUCACUUCAGGUUGAUUUAAAAAAGUUAAAUCAUUUCCUUGAUCAAUUUGUCCUACAAACAGACGGUUGGUCAGCGAUACAACUGGUUGAUCCAUAUACAGACUUUAUCAAUUUAAUUUUAUGGAAGUAUGCAUCACUGACAAAUCGUUUGUCUUUAUCAGAUGAUUUCGAGAAAAUUUUCGCAACGCGUCAGAACGCACCGAAUACAACUUCACACGCCAACUUCUAA